AGCUAAUCAUGAUCUCCAGUGAGCACAACUAUCAGCAUUUAUAUCACGAAGAACAAUACGAUAUGAACUACACAGCGACCCGCUUCGGCGAGGAAAUGAUCGAACCGACAUUCAACCUACGUCUCAUCGAAGCCGUCCGUCAUAGUCGAUGCCUUUUCGACAAUACAGACCGACAAUACCGUAAUACAGAAUACAAAAAUCGAGUUUGGCAGCGUCUGGUUACUGUACUCGGUUUUGAUGGUGAUCCGAGAAUGUUAUCUGCGAGAUGGAAGCAAUUAAGAGAUAAAUAUGGAAAAGAGAAGAGAAAACAAAAAUAUGGAAAUGAGAAAUCAUCAUGGCAAUAUUUCAAACAUCUUCAUUUUCUAGAUCCACAUAUGACAGAUCGAGCAGAAAUAUCACCAUCUCGAAAAGAGCCAACUGGAGUUCAUGAAAAGAUUGCUGAGCCAUGUUUUGGAAAAAAUCUAAUUCUUGAAGUGAGAAGGCAUCCGUGUCUUUAUGAUGUUCGUGAUCCAAAAUAUCGUCAUGGAGACUGUCGUACUCAAGCAUGGGGAAUGAUUAUUGAUAAACUACGAUAUCCUGGAACAGUUCCGUCGAUUUAUAAACAAUGGAAGAAGCAUCGAGAUCGAUAUGUUAGGGAGAAGAGGAGGCUGAGGAAUUUGGGUGAUCCGAAUGUUCAAGAUGUGUCAACUUGGGAGAUGUAUGAUGAUAUGGCUUGGAUAGAUCAGCAUUUGGAUGAACAGCAACUAUCUCGAUGUGCUCGAAGUCUGAAACGAGGGGGAAACAAUGACGGAGGAAAUCAGGAUGAAAUGUCAGAUUAUGGAGAUUACGAUGAUGACAUAAACUACGUGAUGAUGGCUGAAAAGCGACCAAACAACGGUGAUGUACUUCUCGACGGAGAUUCUGCAUUCUCUGCAUCAAUUGUAUCGGAUCUAAGGACACUUGGAGAAGAAGCACGAAUAAUUGCAAAGCAGCAGAUUAUGAUACUUUUGGAAUCCGCUAAACCUCCGUCUACACCUGCUCCUAAUUAUUUGUGAUUUUUAUUGAAUUUUCUAGCCGAAAUUUUCAAUUUUUUGUCCACUUUUUAUUACCCAACCUCGAAAUUUCUUCGAUUUUACCCCAAGCCGGGUCUCGCCACGACCCAAAUUGAUAAGUUGAAAACUUUUUUUUUGAUAAGUUGAAAAUUGAAAAAAGUGUGCGCCUUUAAAGAGUACUGUGUUUAACUGUGAAUUUUUGUCGAGUUUUUCUCACAAUUUGUGAAAAUUUAUUGUCUUUUUUAUCGAAAAACUAUGAAAAAUUGAUGAAAAUUCACGAAUUUUUGAAGUUACAGUACUCUUUAAAGGCGCACACCUUUACACACGCACUUAACAAAAAUUGUCGCUUCGAGACCCCAGGUACUGUAGUCUUGGCGCAUUUAUUUCCAAUUUUUUUGAUCUUUAUCCCAUCAACUGGUCUCAUCAUAUUUUCAUAUUUGUACAAUAUUUCUGUAUCUGUAUUUUUUUUUGUAAUUUUUGUGGGCAGUUUCUUAAUUUCCAUCGCCGUCUUUCCUAUCUCAGGUCCUUUUAUUUCAUGAAUAAUUGAUUUUUAUCCUAGAAAAUUUGGAUUUUUUGUUGUAAAUUUACCUCUUUUAAGGUGUUCAAAACCUACUUUU